AUGGUUCAGUAUGAUGAUCUUUUGACUGACAUUGUGGGCGAGUUUGGCACAUUUCAGAAGAUAUGUUUCAUUCUAUUAGGAAUAGCGUGCAUACCAUGGGGAUCUAUUCAACUGUCUCCUGUCUUCUUGUUUGCGACGACUGACUCUUGGUGCAAAGUACCGCAUGCUGGCGAGAUAGGUCAACAGUUCUGCUUGGCCAACAUGACAAGUAACUGCGAAGAACUAGUGAAAAAUCUCACUAUUCCGAAAGAACAGAUAGACAUUGGAUGUGGAAUAACCUGGAGGUUUGAACAAUGUUACCGAUAUGAUUAUGCAAACGCAUCAUCUGUUAUGCAUGAUGGCAACAGUAAAAGUUACUGGAACAUCACUGGCAAAGUAAAAUGUGACCAUGGAUGGGAUUACGAUAGGUCAGAAUAUAAAUCGACAGUGUCUCAGGAAUUUGAUUUAGUUUGCGAUCGAUUUUACAUGAAUGCAUUGGCGUCUACAAUCUUUAUGUUUGGAUUCACCAUUGGUUCCGUUAUGGUGGGAUGGAUAUUUGACAGGUACGGAAAGGAAACAACUGUUUUUUUUUUAUUUAAUGGCUUUUUUCCAAGCAUUGGUCGUAGAAAAGGUUUCAUGGUCACAUGGUCCGCCACCAUAGUUUUUGGUAUUAUUGAAGCCUUUGCUCCAAACUAUAUUGUCUUUGUGAUUGUACGCUUCUUUAUGGCAGCAACUGGAUUUGGUUUGUAUCUUGCCGGAUGUAUUCUAGGAUGUGAAUAUGUCGGACCAUCUUGGCGUAAUGUGACUGGAAUGAUAUAUCCUAUGUUCUUUUCUGUUGGCAUCAUGGUUCUGGCUCCACAAGCCUACUUAAUACGUCAAUGGUGGAGUCUGCAGCUAGCAAUCAUUGUGCCUUGUGUCCUGCUACUGUGUUACUGGUGGAUUAUUCCAGAGUCUCCAAGGUGGCUGAUAUCAAAAGGAAGAAUCGAUGAAGCUGAAAGUAUUAUCAGAAGAUGUUGUAGAAUCAAUAAAGUGGCAUUUUCAGAGGAAAAAUUCUCUGAAGCUAUGAGAAACAUUGUAAAAUCAAGAAAUGAGUGCUUAGAAGCUGGGGACAAAGCUAAUCACAGUUUACUUAGCUUGUUUCGAUAUCCAAACAUGCGAAAGAAAACAUUAAUAUUAUUCUUCAACUGGGUGACUAUUUGUAUUGUUUAUUAUGGAAUAUCUUUCGACACAUCUAGUCUGGGUGGUAAUCCGUACGUUAAUAUGCUCAUCUCAGGGGCUGUCGAGAUCCCAGCAGGAGUAUGUGGACUUUUUCUGAUCGAUCAUCCGAAAUUUGGACGAUGGGGAACGAUGAUCCUCGUGAUGAUCUCCGGUGGUGUGGCCUGUAUCAUUUUAACGUUUGUCCCUCCGUGUGGCGAUUAUGUUUGGAUUGGAAUAACUUUAGCUAUGACAGGCAAGUUAUUCAUCACUGCAGGGUUCUCCAUCAUCUACCUGUACUCGGCCGAGUUAUUCCCGACACCAUUAAGGUCAACUGGUGUAGGCAUGUGCUCUUCUAUUGCCCGUGUAGGUGCUAUGAUAGCACCCCAAUUAAUAUUCAUGAGCACAAUAUGGGAGCCGCUUUUUUCAGUUGUGUCUGGUAUUACAUCUAUUGUAGCAGGAUUGUUAAUAAUACCACUACCUGAAACCAGGGGGAGGAAAUUACCCGAAACGUUGAUGGAAGCUGAGGAGUUCGAAAAGAAGCAUAAACCGAAUUGCUCUUAUCAGGGGUAUGGGGAAAUUCGAAAAGUGGAAGUAAACGAUAUAUAUGAGAUGAAUGGUAUUUGAAAUCUUAGUGGUGCUGAGCGAUGAAUUGUGGACUGAAAACAAUAAAAGCGUUUGGUGAAUCUCAACGAUAGAUUGAGUUUAAAACCUGCUUAAACUUAAAGAACAUAAUUUCACAUCUUUCUUCUUCAAAUGAACAUUGUUAUAUAUAAUCAUUUGUAUAUUCAUAUCCAUGGAGAUAUUGAAAUUACGUUAGACGGGGUCAUUGGAGGUCGCGUGAGUUGCCAAGCUGUAG